GUAUAAAUAGACUAAUAGAGAGGGUGUAGUUUCAUCAAAUAGAUAAGACAAUAGAAAAGGAAAGAAGAGUAGAGAAUGAAAAACAAUGAGUACAGAGGUCACGUUCUAGUGGUACCUUACCCUAGCCAAGGCCAUAUCAACCCUCUCCUUCAGUUCGCCAAACGUUUAGCCUUCAAAGGCGUGAAGGCCACAAUCGCAACAACUCAUUACACGGUCAAGUUCAUCUGCGCUCCCAACAUAGGUGUUGAAUCGAUCUCUGAUGGCUUCGACGACGGAGGGUUUUCUCAGGCUAAAUCAGAAGAAGUUUUUCUCAAGUCAUUUAAAGCCAAUGGCUCCUCAACUCUAUCCCAACUCAUCCUCAAAUACCAAAACACAGACCAUCCUGUGAACUGUGUAGUAUAUGAUUCGUUUCUUCCUUGGGCCCUUGAUGUGGCUCACCAACAUUCCAUAUACGGGGCUGCAUUUUUUACCAAUUCAGCUACCGUCUCCUCCAUUUUCUGCCGCAUACAUCAUGGCCUGUUUUCACUACCAUUGGAACCCAAGAACAUGCCGCUCUGCAUCCCCGGCGGGCCUCCACUUGAGUUCCGUGACCUUCCCAGCUUUCUUAGGCUGCCGGAGAGUUACCCUGUUUACCUGGCCAUGAAGCUAAGUCAGUUCUCUAACUUGGAAAAAGCUGAUUGGGUCUUCGGAAACACUUUCCAUGGAUUGGAAGCUGAGGUGGCCAAAGAAAUAUGCAACCAUUGGCCUGGAAAGUUGAUCGGUCCGAUGGUGCCUUCAACAUACUUGGACGGUCGGAUUGAAGGAGACAAAGGAUACGGAGCUGAUCUAUGGAAUCCACUGAGUGAACAAUGUAUGAAAUGGCUCGAAACAAAGACACCCAACUCAGUAAUCUAUGUGUCGUUUGGGAGCAUGGUGUCGUUGACGGAAGAGCAAAUGGGGGAGAUUGCGUGGGGGUUAAAGGAAAGUGGAUUUUACUUUCUUUGGGUGGUGAAAGAGCAUGAUCGGAUAAAAUUGCCAAAAGGGUUCAUAGAGUUGUCAAAAGAUGAGGGUCUAGUCAUAACUUGGUGCAACCAAUUGGAAAUGCUUGCUCAUGAAGCCAUUGGCUGCUUCGUUACGCACUGCGGUUGGAACUCGACUUUGGAAGGGCUCAGCCUUGGGGUCCCCAUGGUUGGCAUACCACAGUGGGCCGACCAGUUGACCGAUGCCAAGUUUGUGGCUGACAUUUGGGAAGUUGGGGUCCGACCCAAUGAGGAUGAGAAAGGAGUUGUGAGAAAAGAAGAGCUCAUAAAGUGUUUGAAGGUGGUAAUGGAGGGAAAGAGAAGCCAAAAGAUCAGGAUGAAUUCACUCAUAUGGAAAAGUAAGGCUUUGGAGGCCAUUGGGGAAGGCGGAAGCUCUGAUAAAUGUAUAAACGAGUUUGCUACGUUUCUAAGUUCUAACUAAACUUCGUACGAGUGCUA